UGCCACAGAGGGAAGGCUACCGGGAAGUGCUGCGGGGAGAGCGAGCCUGUGCGGGCUUGGACGUGAGAGAAAGACGCAGCCACUUCUUCGCGGCAGCUCUUUCAAAAGUCCGUGUUAAAUGUGACACCCCGGCGAAAUGGGAGCAGAAGAAACACCCCUCUACCCGCCCCUCGUCGUCCCCCCCGCCCUUUUCCAUGGAAACUCCUAAAAGGAGGAGGAGUAGAGUUCGCUACGGAAAAGUCUCACCUUGGUCUGAAACAGUUUCAGGCGUUCCUGCAGGAUCGGAGCUGCCCGUCUCGGGGGAGGGGAGGAGGCAGGCAGGGAGAUCUUUAGCUACCUAUACAUGUAUAUAUAUUUGUUUCCCCGUUUGAUCUUAUUUUAUUCCAGCAGCACGUAUCUCUGCCCCUCCUCCCCCUCCCUCUCCAGGUUGAUCGGCUGAAAUGAGGCUUUGCGCGCUGAUCCCUUCUCGGGCUUUAAAACAAAACCCGGCCCCGCGCAGCCGGCGGCAGCUCGGGGCGCCUCGGCGCUGAAGCGCGGCGGGGCCGGGCCAGGCGAGGCAGGACACCGCGGAGCGGGGCGGUGGCUCCCGCGGAAACUUCGCUUGGAAAAUAAACCUCCACCACUUUCCUGGAGAUCCACGUGAGAGCAGGAAAGCCCGACUGCAAGAUCUCUGCGCUGCUGCUGCAUGCUGCAAUUUUACUUUUUGUUUGCCUUGAUUAUUUUUUUUUUCUGUUUGUUUGUUUGUUCUUACUUUCAUUUUGGAACCGGCUCCCAGCUGCUUGGCUGAACUUCUGGAGACCAGUGGACCUUUUAUAAUGCCUUCUUCUGUUUUAAACAAACUGUGGGCUCUUAAACUUUUCUCUUUCCCCCUCCCCCUCGCUCCUUAACCCCCACCCUUCAGCUCAUGGGGCUAACACUGCAAAGCAGCAGCAGCAGAGGGGGAAAUAUACAGACACUGAUUUAUUUUCCUGUCUCCUAAAUUGUAGUUAAUUCUUCUCAUCGUCCUCCUCAGCACCCAUUUUCUCGCGCUUUUUUGGCUGCCGGGUGUCGAUCUGUGCAUUGUUUUAUCUGAUCUCGAUCCUUUUGUUGUUGUUGUUUAAAUGCCAUGCACUGCUUAUCUAGAGAGAAAGCUAUAUGGAGAUAGAGGCGUAUAGUGAAUGCGCGUGUGUUUCCAUAAGACACACUAUCAAGGGAGCAGAUCAGAAGCAGCCCGGAUCCUGACCCUGACUGUAUGAAUAAGUAAGCAGGAUGCUGACGACUGUGUGUUAGUUGCCUGUAAGGUUUUCGUAAGUUAAAGGGGGACGGAGGAGGGGGGACAGGACAGAGACAGAGCUUAGAGUGUUUGUGCAGAGGGGGGCGAAACUCUGACACUUUGCUCCUUCCAGUAUAGCUGCUGCCUCCCAUCAGUAGAGCUCCGCGGUUUGCUGUAGUGCACCCCACCUCCCUCUCCCUCCUCCCCGCUCCCUUUUCUUCCCUUCCUCCUUUUUUUUUCCCUUUUUUUUUUUUCCCCUCUCCCCGAGGUAGUUUGCUGAUGUGCAGCCCGGAUCCAUCUUCUGGCAGCAUCAGCGGGACCGGGGUCGGCGGCGCGGCGGUCGGCGGGCGCGCAGCGGGGCGCGGGCCGGGCGCGGAGCGGGACGCGGGCAGCAGCAGCCGCCGCCUCCUCCUCCGCGGGAAGUUUGGCUGGGUUUUGACAGAGGCGAGGGGAAGCCCUGACAGACAGGAUCUCCCGGACUGAGUCCACCCCCUGCGCCCACCCACACACCCAGCGACUUUUCCCCGGCGAGGGGGCAGGGGGGGCAGCGGCGCUCAUGCUCCUCACUCUGUGUCGCACCCGUCUGACUGGGGCUACCUAGGGAGCACCGUCUCUUGGAAGAGCCUCCAGGUGGAGAAGGAAAAAAAUACCAACCUCCCCCAAAACCUAUGGUUUCUCCAUCCCUUACCCUCCUUUACCAAGCCGGCGUGGACAGCAGAGCCGGCCGCCUAGCUCACCCUCGCCCUGCUCGCCACCUCUCCGCCCGAGGGAGGAUGAAGAUGCUUUGCUGGAGGAUGGCACUGUGGCUGGCCGGGUGGACUGUCUGCGGGAAGCCUUCUUCCUGCUCUGGCCUUGAUUAUGACUACACUUACGAUUUCACUGAAGAGGAUAAAGCCGAGGCGAUAGAUUAUAAGGAUCCUUGCAAAGCUGCUGUCUUUUGGGGAGAUAUUGCCUUAGAUGAUGAAGACUUAAAAAUCUUUCAAAUUGACAGGACGAUUGACCUCACGCAGCACUCCAACGAAAGACUUGGCCAUAACACAGGUUUUGAGCAAAAUAAUACAUCUAAAGGAAGACCUACUGCAAAAUUGUCAGGGAAAAAUGAGAAAAACCGAUUUCCCAGAGCUGCUACAUCACGAACAGAAAGAAUAUGGCCAGGUGGUGUCAUUCCAUAUGUAAUAGGUGGAAAUUUCACUGGCACGCAGCGCGCCAUGUUCAAGCAGGCCAUGCGGCACUGGGAGAAGUACACCUGCGUCACCUUCAUCGAGCGCAGCGACGAGGAGAGCUACAUUGUCUUCACCUACAGACCCUGUGGAUGCUGUUCUUACGUGGGUCGAAGGGGAAAUGGUCCUCAGGCUAUAUCUAUUGGCAAAAACUGUGAUAAAUUUGGCAUAGUUGUCCAUGAGUUGGGUCAUGUGAUAGGUUUUUGGCAUGAACAUACACGACCAGACCGUGAUGACCAUGUCACCAUUAUUAGAGAGAACAUCCAACCUGGUCAGGAAUAUAACUUUUUGAAGAUGGAGCCUGGAGAGGUGAACUCCCUGGGGGAACCAUAUGACUUUGACAGCAUUAUGCACUAUGCCAGGAACACCUUCUCAAGGGGCAUGUUUCUGGAUACCAUUCUCCCUUCCCGUGAUGACAAUGGUAUACGACCUGCCAUUGGCCAGCGUACCCGGCUAAGUAAAGGAGAUAUUGCACAGGCAAGAAAGCUGUAUAGAUGUCCAGCCUGUGGAGAAACACUGCAGGAAUCUACAGGCAACUUUUCUUCUCCUGGGUUUCCAAAUGGUUAUCCUUCCUACACACACUGCAUAUGGAGAAUCUCUGUGACCCCGGGAGAGAAGAUCGUUUUAAACUUUACCACCAUGGACCUUUACAAGAGCAGUCUCUGUUGGUACGACUAUAUUGAAGUAAGAGAUGGCUACUGGAGAAAAUCCUCUCUGCUUGGCAGGUUUUGUGGUGACAAACUGCCAGAAGUGCUCACAUCCACCGACAGCAGGAUGUGGAUUGAGUUCCGCAGCAGCAGCAACUGGGUUGGGAAGGGUUUUGCAGCAGUUUAUGAAGCUAUUUGUGGAGGUGAAAUCCACAAAAAUGAAGGCCAGAUCCAGUCUCCCAAUUAUCCUGAUGACUACAGACCAAUGAAGGAAUGUGUGUGGAAAAUAACAGUGUCAGAAAACUACAAUGUAGGAUUAACCUUUCAAGCAUUUGAGAUUGAAAGACAUGACAACUGUGCAUAUGACUACUUGGAAAUCCGAGAUGGAACAAAUGAGAACAGUCCUUUGAUUGGUCACUUUUGUGGAUAUGACAAGCCAGAAGACAUUAGAUCUACCUCUAAUACCCUGUGGAUGAAGUUUGUUUCUGAUGGAACUGUUAACAAAGCAGGGUUUGCAGCUAACUUUUUUAAAGAGGAAGAUGAAUGUGCCAAACCUGACAAUGGUGGCUGUGAGCAGCGCUGUGUAAAUACCCUGGGCAGUUACCAGUGCGCCUGCGACCCUGGCUAUGAACUUGGUCCUGACAAGAAGAGUUGUGAAGCUGCUUGUGGAGGACUCCUGACAAAGUUAAAUGGGACUAUAACCACACCAGGGUGGCCAAAAGAGUAUCCUCCAAACAAAAACUGCGUGUGGCAGGUGGUUGCCCCAACGCAAUACCGAAUUUCAAUGAAGUUUGAGUUUUUUGAGUUAGAAGGGAAUGAAGUUUGCAAGUACGAUUACGUGGAGAUUCGCAGUGGCCUUUCUUCUGAUUCCAAGCUCCACGGUAAAUUCUGCGGUACAGAAGUGCCUGAAGUCAUCACCUCUCAGUACAACAACAUGCGCAUUGAGUUCCGGUCUGACAACACUGUCUCAAAAAAAGGCUUCAAGGCACACUUCUUCUCAGACAAGGAUGAGUGCUCGAAGGACAACGGUGGCUGCCAGCACGAGUGCAUCAACACAGUAGGAAGCUACGUCUGCCAGUGCCGGAACGGGUUUGUGCUACACGAAAAUAAACAUGACUGCAAGGAAGCUGAGUGUGAACAGAAGAUCCACAGUCCCAAUGGCAUCAUCACGAGUCCCAACUGGCCUGACAAGUAUCCCAGCAGGAAGGAGUGCACGUGGGAAAUCAGUGCCACCCCUGGGCAGAGGGUCAAACUGACAUUCAAUGAAUUUGAAAUAGAACAACAUCAAGAAUGUGCUUAUGACCACUUGGAAGUGUUUGAUGGUGAAAGUGAAAAAUCGCCAAUCCUGGGACGCUUAUGUGGCAACAAAAUACCAGAUCCUCUCAUUGCUACUGGAAACAAAAUGUUCCUCCGCUUCAUUUCUGAUGCUUCAGUUCAAAGAAAAGGCUUCCAAGCAACUCACUCUACAGAGUGUGGUGGUCGUUUGAAAGCUGAACUCAAGCCCAAGGACCUGUACUCACAUGCUCAGUUUGGUGAUAACAACUACCCGGUUCAGGCAGACUGCGACUGGCUGCUGGUGGCCGAGCGCGGCGCUCGCGUCGAGUUAAUGUUCCAGACUUUCGAGGUCGAGGAAGAGGCAGACUGUGGCUAUGAUUACGUGGAGCUUUUUGAUGGUCAUGAUAAGACAGCAGUGAGACUUGGUCGAUUUUGUGGAUCUGGGCCACCAGAAGAAAUUUAUUCAGCAGGAGAAUCUCUUUUACUUCACUUUCACACUGAUGAUACAAUCAACAAGAAAGGAUUUCAUAUACGAUACAGAAGUAUAAAAUAUCCAGAUAGUGUGCACACCAAAAAAUAACACAAGAACCUCUAUGCCGGAAAAGAAGAGUGAGAAAGAACGCACAGUGAAAAGGAAGACAUGUAAUUUUUUUUUUUAAACUGACAUUAUUAGCACAAAUGAUUAAUAUAAGUUCAGUUGAAAUGCUGACUUAUGAUACCAGGGACUGAAAUAAAAGAAGAGAAUCACCUACCCCAGUGGAAUAGUCAAGAUGGUGAUGUGCAGGCUUCAUACGUGACUGUCUCUGCAGAGCUUGUUAAAGGACUUGACAUGCAGGGAGAAUAGAAAAGCUUUUGUUCAUGGUCCAGUAUGUGCUAGAACUACGUGUGGAUUCAAUCAGUUUCAUUCAGGGGAAGUGACCCUCUAGAUCAUUCCUCCUUCUGACAAUUGUAUGGUGUCUAGAAGGAAAAGAAGCUCUUUUAGGUCACACACUCAAAAAACUCUCCUUCUACCUAGUUGCUUUGACUUUGAAUCCUGCAUAUGGUAUGUACAAUGACUUGAAAGAAGAUUUUAAAUGGGAAGGCCUUCCUGCAUUGCUCUGUAUUUUUUACAAAUUCACCUGUCAUAUCAGGUUAUCAGUGUUUUGAAACUGGAAAAGUCCUACUUCUGAACAUAACUGAUCUAUAGAGUGUUUUGUUUUACUAAUGACUGAGAAGUCUGAACUGUUACAUCAGUCAUCACUAGUGACCACUCACUAUCUGAUGGAAUUUUAAUGGUGUAAGCAUCUGAAAAUGUUUGGUUUACUGGUUAAGUAAGCUAUCUCUGAUGAUGUGCUCUUAUUUUGCACUGAAUAUAGAAAGAGACUGAAAUGAAAACCUGUCCUGAAUCAAAAUCUGUAUCCACGAGAAAGAGAAAUGGUCAAGGAUCAUCUGAAGCUCCUACUGAAUUCUUUUUCAGCAGUUAAUUUCAGCAGUACAAAUAAAGCUGCUAAGCUUUAUUUCUUUGGACCUUUUUGUGAAUGAGCUGUUUGCCUGAUUCAGUUACUCAGAAAUGAAGCUGCAGUAGUGUCCAAAAGAGAAGUUUCCCAAAGAGGUUUUUGUUAGUUUUUUUUUUUUUUUUCCUAAGAGUAAGACUAUCCACAAUGGUGGAAAAAACAAAACAACAGACCCAGGAUUUUUUUGAUAGCAAGUGUGAAUUCCUAUGGUGCUAUUCCAUAAACAUUAAAAAAAAAAAAAACAACAAGAAGUUUUAGACUUUUGAGCCAACAGUUUGCAGAUCAUGAAUGUCUCACUAUACCUGGCUGCAUCUUGAGAGGGAAGGCUUUACUGCUCUGAUGGAAAGUGGGUUGCAAUGGCAGUGCUAUUCCUGUGGAACAACUACUAUUAUUGCCUUAGAAACCUCGCACACAAUCAGACAGAUCUUCCUGUAGAUACGCUCCUAAUCUGAUAAAUAAUUUGACAACUCAAGCAUCUUAGCAUACACUAACAAAAGGAUCUUCAAGCAAAAGCCCCAUACAGAGAGAGAUCAUCUGCUGUAAAUACAGAGACCUGCUUUUGAUGUAGAGAUAUGUUACAUUUAGAACUGAGAUAUUCUAUGUGCUUUAGGCCAUACAUGGCUCUAGUCAUAAUGUAUAUGCAUUAUGUAAGUAUUGUAUGAAUGAGUGCUCCAGGAGAGUGAGAAGUAUUGUAUGGGUGAAUAUGGAUUUGUUUCUUUAUGUGCCAAGUUCUAUCAGGACCCUGUUUGACUGUAGCAACUUUUCUUUAAAGGCUUCAUAGACAGAUAACAAGGACUUCUAGUUUGCAAGAAUCAAGUUUAAAUGAAGUAUUAUGUUUCACUUACAAGAAAUAUUAUUUUGAUAUCCUUUGAUGUAAGUUGCUACUCAAAUUAGCUUAGUUUUUGUUUCCUUCUAUGAACAUACAUUGGCACUAAUAAAUCUGACCUUUUUUAUAAAAAUAAAAA